AUGGGGGUGGUGUCAUGGGGAGUGGAGGUGCUCGCUCUCUCCUGCAUCCUAGAGCUCUCCCUCUGCCUCGCUUCUGCCUUCCCCUCCCCUCUCCCGGUUUCAUUAACUCCCCUCCCCCUUCCCUAUCGUUCCCCCCUGCCGCUCUUACUAAGCGCAGACCCAUCUCCUGCCCCGCCAUGCUCCCACUGCUGCUGCUCACCUGCUUCUGCUCGCUCUGCAUGCUGGCGGCGGUGUGGCAAAUACAGACGGCAGGCUGUGAGUGCGCCCGAGCGGGUGGUGAGGCAGCAUGGAGUGGUAUGGGAAUGGGGUGGUACGGGAAGCGCUCUAGCCAUUGCGCAUGUCCUGCAACGGUCAAUCGCUCUCCUGAACGCACAACUCACCCUUAACAUCCUUGUUCCACCUCUCCCUGCCCCCUCUUUGCCUCUCCCUGCCCCCUCUUUGCCUCUCCCUGCCCCCUCUUUGCCUCUCCAUGCCCCCUCUUUGCCUCUCCCUGCCCCCUCUUUGCCUCUCCAUGCCCCCUCUUUGCCUCUCCAUGCCCCCUCUUUGCCUCUCCAUGCCCCCUCUUUGCCUCUCCAUGCCCCCCUUCCUAUGCUACUACCCUGUUAUCACCCUGCCUUCCCUCCUUUCCCUCCCUUUCCUCCCUCCACUCCCUCUUCUCAUCCCCUCUCCCAACAACCCUCACUCAUCUGUCGCACAACCCUCUUCCGGUCCCUGCGUGCCCCCAUGCCCCUCCCCAUGUGGAUUCCCUCCCCCCACACUCCACCUCAAGCUGUUCCGCAGGCGCUGGCGGCAUGGGGGCAGCUUGGGGGCGGCUGGCAGGCGUGGUCGGGCAGCAGUGACUGCUCAACCGUGCAGGGCGUCACAUGUGAUGCUCAUGGCAAGGCAACGCAGCGUUCGCAUGUGAGUGCUGCUCCAGCGCAUGUGAGUGCUACUCCAGCGCAUGUGAAUGCUGCUCCAGUGCAUGUGAGUGCUGCUCCAGCGCAUGUGAGUGCUGCUCCAGCGCAUGUGAGUGCUGCUCCAGCGCAUGUGAGUGCUGCUCCAGCGCAUGUGAGUGCUGCUCCAGCGCAUGUGAGUGCUGCUCCAGCGCAUGUGAGUGCUGCUCCAGCGCAUGUGAGUGCUGCUCCAGCGCAUGUGAGUGCUGCUCCAGCGCAUGUGAGUGCUGCUCCAGGGCAUGUGAGUGCUACUCCAGCGCAUGUGAAUGCUGCUCCAGCGCAUGUGAAUGCUGCUCCAGCGCAUGUGAGUGCUGCUCCAGCGCAUGUGAGUGCUGCUCCAGCGCAUGUGAGUGCUGCUCCAGCGCAUGUGAGUGCUGCUCCAGCGCAUGUGAGUGCUGCUCCAGCGCAUGUGAGUGCUGCUCCAGCGCAUGUGAGUGCUGCUCCAGCGCAUGUGAGUGCUGCUCCAGCGCAUGUGAGUGCUGCUCCAGCGCAUGUGAGUGCUGCUCCAGCGCAUGUGAGUGCUACUCCAGCGCAUGUGAAUGCUGCUCCAGCGCAUGUGAGUGCUGUUCCAGCGCAUGUGAGUGCUGCUCCAGCGCAUGUGAGUGCUGCUCCAGCGCAUGUGAGUGCUGCUCCAGCGCAUGUGAGUGCUGCUCCAGCGCAUGUGAGUGCUGCUCCAGCGCAUGUGAGUGCUGCUCCAGCGCAUGUGAAUGCUGCUCCAGCGCAUGUGAAUGCUGCUCCAACGCAUGUGAGUGCUGCUCCAGCGCAUGUGAGUGCUGCUCCAGCGCAUGUGAGUGCUGCUCCAGCGCAUGUGAGUGCUGCUCCAGUGCAUGUGAGUGCUGCUCCAGCGCAUGUGAGUGCUGCUCCAGCGCAUGUGGGUGCUGCUCCAGCGCAUGUGAGUGCUGCUCCAGCGCAUGCGAGUGCUGCUCCAGCGCAUGUGAGUGCUGCUCCAGCGCAUGUGAGUGCUGCUCCAGCACAUGUGAGUGCUACUCCAGCGCAUGUGAAUGCUGCUCCAGCGCAUGUGAGUGCUGCUCCAGCGCAUGUGAGUGCUACUCCAGCGCAUGUGAGUGCUGCUCCAGCGCAUGUGAGUGCUGCUCCAGCACAUUGCGGCAGAUGGGACGCACCAUCAACGUCCCAGCCAUCCCUCUCCUCACCUCAGUACAUUGCCCCAUCUGUAGUCCUUCCACGUCUCCCCUCCCUCUCCCUCUCCUAA